AUGGGAGUAGACUUAACAAAGCCCCUUCACGUAGCAGAUACUCCGGGAUUGGAGACUGUGGAACUGACGCCCGCUAUGUUCGAGGUCUUCAACCGCUAUGCGGUUCGCAUGGACCGAUAUCAUCAAGGAUUCCGGAGGACUUGGACGAUGAUGGUCAAUGCCUGCAGUUCUGGGAUGCUGCCGCCCAGAAUGAGCCAGAGUCAUUUCAUAGAUGCAGGCAUCAGAUUCACCCAAGAGGUCACGAUGCACCACGACUACGAGGAGGCUUACCUCUUCCCGUUCCUGGCCCGCCGGAUGCCCGAGUUCCGCAAGGCUGACAAACAUAACCCUGCCACUGCGGAACUCUUGCGGCAGCACGAGGUAAUCCAUCACGGUUUGGGUAUCGUAGCAGAGUACCUCCAGGCCUGUCGGAGGGGCACUAUUGAUUUCCAAUUCUCCAUGCUGAGGGAGAAAUUGGACAGCUUUGGCACUGUGCUAUGGACCCAUCUCGACCAGGAGGUGAAGACACUAGGCGCUGAGAACAUGAAACGGUACUGGAAGUUGGAAGAAUUGGAUAGUUUCCCCAUGUAA